AUGUGGCGGAACGUUGGCCGCUUCAGCUGGACAAGGGCACAUAUCAACGCUGUUGAUGACCGUGCACACCUAGCAAACAGUGUGCUACUUCACCGAGUUUACAGCCUCACAAAACUUUGCUGCAAGAAGCACAACGAACCCAUAUACGGAAUUGUACAGAAAUUCAACCUCAUCCGCUCAUUGGCCAUCCAUGAUCGCGUCUUACGCAAAGUGGGGUUGUCCACACGCGACGUCUCGUUGUGGAGGCCUGUCACCCAUACGAUAUCCUGGAGGAGGGCAGCCAGACGUUUGGAGCAGAGGGGCAUCAUUCUUCCUGUGCCAGAUCUCACCAAGUUUCCUGGAGAGACACCCGUGGCGGAGCGACCUCAACCACCAACUUGGCUGGUACUCUACCUAAUGUGCUAUCACGCCAGACUGCCUGAAGACGCUCACGGUGUGCUGGCGCUAGCGUACUACCACUUCUCCGCCGCGCCUCCCCAUCUCCGACCGCUCCUGAUGGCCCUGGCAGCGGGCUGGCUGGCCAGAUACAGGCAAUUCGUUCACCUCGAUCGCCUUGUUAAAGGAUUCCUCGACUGGUCCUUACGCGCGCAGGUGCAGGAUUUCGACUUCGCAGUGUGGCUUCAGCUCCUAGCGUAUGUAUCAUCAUCGAAGACCACAAGCGUAACGGUAAUCAUAAUGCUGCGCGCCAUGCAGUCGCGUGGUGUCAGUCUCGGCGAGAAGACGUACGACGCUCUGCUCAAGAGUCCAUUCGCUACUCCUAAUCUGGCAAUGUAUGUAUUCUCACACAUGCAGUCGUGCAAGUAUCAGCCGACCGCGCUUUACGUUCACUCUGAAGCUCGCCCCCGGCUGAUGCAUGGGUCUAUCGGUACGUGGAGCCCCUAUCUCCGCAGUGUCACACCCAAGGCAGAGCGGUCGUCCGCAGCAGGUGACACGCGCGAUGGAGACGAUGUGGCAACUCAAGAGCAUGCAGUUGCCGCCCCCGUGCAUUCAGAGGCAGAGGUUUCGGAACGCACCACUCCCGCUCUGGUUCUCUUUUCUGACAGCGUCAAUACUCGCAGCGUUAUCAAAUGGAGAAGUCUCAUGCGCAUAGCAGCCUCCGACAAGUAUGUUUCAUCCUUGCAAAUCCUUCGCGUGCUGCAGCGAGCACAAGUGGACCGCCCUAUCUUGUCUUCCGACAUGACAAUUCGGCUAUCCGCUAUAGAAGGUCUCCUCCGUCGUAACGAUUUCGCUAACGCACUUACUGUCUGGGACGAGGUUCGACAGCGUCCCUCGAUGUGGUCGAAGUGGACCAUUAGCGUCGGUGUUGAGACGCUUACCAUGUCCGGUCACCCAAAUCAAGCUCUUGCUCUCCUUGAAGAUGUCAAGUCCUUACGUGAUCCUCAUGAAGGUUCCCCAACAUUGAUCGACACGGAGGCGAUCAAUGUCUUCAUGACGGCCCUGAAACGCACGCGCCAUCUGGACAUGGUUUUUGCGUUAUGGGACUACAUGCAACCUCUGUUUGGAGUCACUCCCGAUCGCCACACGUUGACGUCGCUACUCAAGACGGCUCGCUUGGCCACUCGGCUUCAGCCUUCGAUGAGGGGUGCCCUUACAGAGCUGGGCCUUGGGCGACUCCUCAAACGGCCUGCGGCAGACAUGCUCCCCGUGGCCGAGCAGGAGCAGCAGGCGUUUCAUAUAAUGCACGAGAUGCUGGCCCGUCAUGAAAGCAGCACUGGGCUAUGGCAAGGAGAGCGCGCUGGAAUUGUUGCCCUCCGCCACACGAGGCGCAUCCUCCUGAGCAUCUGGCCCGAACUGCAGCACGUCGAGCCCCCUCCCGUCACAGCCCUGCGCCCAACCGGUGACUUCCAAGCCUCUUACCCCAUUGCCGAGCUGUUCCGCAAUGUCAUGGGGCGUCCUGUUGCCACUUCGAACGCAGACGAUGCGGGCGCGCGGACAGCGCCGUCGCCGGCUAUGUCUCCCUACUCCCAAAUCAUCCCAAGCGAUGGGCUUUUCCGUGCAUACAUCGACCUCCUCGCGACCGAAUCGCAGGUGCCCCAGAUCCCUCUUGUGCUGGCGUGGAUGCGCUACCUGAACAUUCGCGCAUCACAGCACACCCUAGCCAUUGCGCUGGUGUACUGGGCCGAGGUCAGCAUGGAUGCGCCAUUCAUGGAGCAGUGGAAGGGCGGAAGGAGCCAGUACGUGAAGCUGAUCCAGUGGAUGCAAGAGUGGGUAGGCCCCUGGCGCAUGCCCACUGAUGAGCAUAUCGGCAUGCAUAUUCAACGGCUCAAGCGCUUCAGGGAACUGUCUAUAUCCAGACCCCAGUACGGGCGUCCGUAA